AAAGAAUGCAGGUUUAAGGCACUUCCGUUUCCGCAUUGGCUUCACUUUUCAGACCCGGAGGACCCGUUAUGUUUUCGGUUCAUGGACGUUAAUUUAACAUUUUGGUCGCCUAAAUGUCUUGUUCAGCGUUCGGUUGCAAACUAAGACAGUAUCAGGGGUGUUCUCUUAGUUUCUUCCGAUUUCCUUUAAGUGACCGCCGCAGGCUGAAACAAUGGGUGAUAAACGUGAGGAGACACAACUGGACCCCAACUCCAGCCUCACGUCUGUGCAGUAUGCACUUUGAGGAGGAUCAGUUCUUCAUAGACAACAUGUGCAGAAGGAGGCUGAAAGACACCGCUGUGCCGACUAUUUUCAACUUUCCGCCACAUUUGAGGAAAAAGGAACAGCCUCCCAGGCCCACGCGGAACAGCUCUACUGGGGGGGUACACGGCCCUUUGGUUUCUACUGCUGAUCAUUACAAUGUUGUUGUGAAGCAAGAGAGUACUGAGGACACCAAUGUCGUCGUGAAGCAAGAGAGUGCUGAGGACACCAAUGUCGUUGUGAAGCUAGAGAGUGCUGAGGACACCAAUGUCGUUGAAUAUGGCGACAUUAUUAGGAUCACAGUCGGUGAGGUCGUCACUGAUGACAUGAGUGAGUAUACCACAAGCGCAGAUUUAAAAACCGUUAUGCAUGAUCAUGUAUACUUCGGCCAAGGAAGGAAGGAAGUCUCUGCGAGCUCUGAGCACACCUACAUCGUUUCUGAGCCUCCCACAACACUCGGACAUAAAGCAAAUGCCGGAAACGAUCAGCCCGCUGUAGCCGUUUCUGAGUCUCCCCCGACACUCACAAGUCAAGCAAAUGUAUUACGUGGCCAGCUAGUUUUAGCUGUUUCGGAGUCCCAUACAACACUCACAAGUCAAGCGAAUGCAUUACAUGGUCAGCUUGUUUUAGCUGUUCCUGAGUCUCCCACAUCGCUCACAAGUCAAGCAAACGCGGCACACAAUCAGCCUGUUAUAGCUGUUUCUGAGUCUCCCACAACACUCGCACGUAAAGCAAAUGCAGAACAUGAUCACCUUUGUUUAGCGCUCUCCGAGUCCCCCGCAAAACUCAAACAUCAAGUAAGGGUACUACACGAGAAGCUCGUCGUAGCCCGCAAAAAGUUUAAGAUGAAGUGUCAGCAGACAAGGAGAAUGAAAUCAAAACUCUUGUCCUUGAAAGAGGAGACAAAGGCUCUUCAGACAAAGUUGGAUGACGCUGAAAAGCAGAUGGCUGCGCUAUUGCAGCAGUCCAUAAAUAAUGGAGGUAAACGCAGGAAGGCAAAAGCACUCCCGAAAGAAGCAAAGCAUUCACUUAAGCAGCAACUGCUUCCUACUGACCUGAUCGAAAUCGCUUUCCCCGUGCCACCUUCCCCUCAACAGGACUUAAAGUGACCUAGAUGAACAAAAUGAACAACAACAUGAUGGGGAUCGUUGGACUGUCAGCACGAAGCGCACAGAGAUCAGGCUGGGGUAAAGGAACAGUCAGACUAACAGCAACAACAGUAGCAGAGUCUGUUUGAGACUAUGAGGGAGACACUGUUUGGACACUGAUUUCAAAGUGAUCAGUUAAGAGGGAAGGUCCAUAAAGUAAAGCUA